AUGCAUCAAGAAGAAUUAUCAGCAAUGGGAGUAUUAUUUGCUAAAAAGAAUGCUAUUAUUCAUUCAUCAGUAAAAGGAGAAUUUGAAAAAUAUCUGGAAAUCCCAGAGCUUCCAGCUUUGGAGAAAAAUGAUCCAAUAAUUUGGUAG